CAACCGAGGAAGCAGCGUGCGGGGGCUGCUCCUGAGUCCGCGGCUGCACUUCAACGUGUCGCCUUCUGUAGUUCACUUCGCACUUACCUGUCAAUUAGAACUGGUCGUGGCAUUGCGGGAAAAGGGUUGGGAAAGGCCGGGGCCAAGCGCCAACGAAUGGUCCUGAGCGAGAGCGUCCUAAGCAGUAUCAAGUCUGCCGUCCGUCGCCUGGCUCGCCGCGCAGGAGUGCAGCGUCUUUCUGGUCUAAUCUACGAAAAUGGCUGCGGCGCGGAGAAGGUGGGCCGAGGGAGAAAGAAAAUGCAACCUCUAGGAUCUUCUUCAGAGUCUACACAGGCUGCCCCCGAGGCAGGCGCAGCCGCUGUCGAGGAAACAGCUUCGGCAGCGUGGACUUCAGUAGUGCAGGAGCGUGGCGGAGACGUGCCCAAAAGUGCGCCGGAGAACAACGGAAAACGACCCCGGGGAAGACCGCGCAAGCAGCGCCCGGAUGGUGGUCCUGAGGCGUCUCAAGAAGCUGCUCGCAAGCCGGCCCGAGGCCGAGGCAGACCCAAAAAGUGUCGGCUAGACUCUGCGCCUAGUGCAGCCUACAAGGUGGCUCGGGGGCGGUCGCUCCGGCGUGUCUCUUCGUGUAGUUCACUCCGCACUUAUUUGUCUCUGAAGACUGGCCGCGUGAAAUGGCUCGGGAAAGGACGCGCCAAGCGUCGCCGCAAGCGCAAGGUCCUCAGCGACAACACCCUGGGCGUCAUCCAGCCCGCCAUCCGUCGCCUGGCGCGGCGCGGAGGGCUGCUGCGCAUGCCAGGGCUCGUCUACGAGACGGACCGGCGGAGGAGACAGAAGACUCGCACUUCAGAGUCUGGGCCAGUAUGGACUUCCCCCGCCGGGGCUGUCUCCGAAACCACGGCAGUCGAGGCUGCCCCGGGAAUGGAACCGACGGAAUGGACCGUCGCUAGUGAACGUGGUGAAGGCUCGGCGAGCAGUGCGCCCCAAAACAAACAGAAGAGGCCCCGGGGAAGGCCGAAGAAGCGCAUUUUAGACGUUGCCCCAGAGGCGGCUCAUGCGACGGUGACCCAGAAGAGCCGAAAGAUGUGUCGCCCAGAGGGCGCUUCUCCAGAAGAACGUGGAAGACAAGUGAAUCGACCCCCGCCGGAGGUGGCCCCCAAGACGGCCUCCGCCUCCACGUGCAGUUCACUUCACACGUACCUGUCUACCGUGACUAAACGAGGCAACAGGCGCAAAGGAUUGAUAACGGGCGGGGCCAGGCGUCACCGAAACGGGCUGCGAACCAACAUCUCAGGCGUCAGUCGCACUGCCCUCCGCCGCCUGGCUCGCCGCGGUGGAGUGCAGCGUAUCUCCGGCCUUAUCUACGAUACGACCCGUGGUGUGCAGAAGGCAGACCGGAACAGACAAAAAACGCGCCCUAUGAAAUCUGUCAAGUCUGCUCCGUGGCUGCAACGUUUGCUUUCGGCCCACGAAACGACAAAACAUGCAUCGCAUAGUGCUCCGGUAACUGAAAUUCAGUCUGUGCCGUCUGCGCCGGGGGAUGAUCUCGCGUGUCUCGUAUCAGAUCGGGGAAUUCCCCAAAAGGGGUCAGCAAGUCCAAAUUCUUUUGCACGUGGCCCGAAGGCUGCCCGGAGAAGACAGAUGGUGCGGCUUCCAGAGGCUCCUCCAGAGUCGCAAGCAGAGCCUGCUCCUGAAACUACUUCGGAAGCUGCUGCACUGGCUGCCCAAGAAAAAGUUUCGGCGGCAUCUACUGCGGUGCGCCUGCCGUGCGACGGACACUUGGCGAGCAGUGCGCCCGAGAAGGGCGUCAAGACUGCUUCGACUGUGGCCCGCGAGCGAAGCACAGAAUCGGGGAGCAUCGUUUCGAAAAAGAAACGCGCUGGAGGGGGUGAUUCACUCGAAGCUCCGAAGUUAUCCCGACCACUUCCGCCGAGGGGGGUGGGUGCGGUGGUUGGCGGUCACUGGCGCUGCUCGGAGUGCGGAGCACGCUUCUCCUUCGCGGGGAGGCUCAGGGUGCACCUGAGGCAGCACCUGCUCGACCUCGAGGGGGAGGGCGGACCUACUCCCGAUGCCGCCGUUGCUGACCUGCCGCCUGCCCCGUGCAUUCCCCAGUCAUCAUUGACCACACUGACUGUAUUGAGGAAAACCAAUGCUGACCCGACAGGUUCGCGUGUUAUCGUAUCUGCGCUCGCGGAUGUGUGAGUGUGGGCGACGACGGGGUAGGCGAGGUCGGGCUGUGCGCUCGUGUGUGUGUGUGUGUGUGUGUGUGUGUGUGUGUGUGUGUGCGUGUGCGUGUGUGCUCGCUCGUGUGGAGUGUAAUCAGCUGUGCCGGGCUGUGUGCAACAUAUAGAUUAAGUGGCGAUAGCGGAGCGCAGUUGACCCUUUUAUAAUGUGAGUCCCUUUUCACGACCUGUGUGUGUGUCAUUGAGUGUUUGUUAGCCUGCUCUGCCCUCUGCUCAGUCAUAAUCGCACUUGAUCUAUUCUGUUUUUUCCCGCUACGUACGUACGUGAUACGAGGAAAGAGAAAAUCCGAACUCUGGCAGUGAUUGCGCUAACUCAUCGCAGAUAAACAAAUGUCACGUGUCAGAAGUAAAUGUACUCUUGGAGUCUCGAGUGUCGUGGCACAUAUCAAUUUCAUGUGACAAGCACAAAAUGUUCAAAAUUGUGUUCAAAGUUGUUUUGUCAAUUUUUAUUAAUAAACUACAAGGUUUGUUAUUAUUAAAUAUUAAAUUAAACUAAGAGAAUGUA